UGUCCAACUCGAGACCUCCUACUCGACACAGCAUCGAUCUUUUGAAGCGGAAGUGUCGUCAAGAAGAUUCUCGAGCGCGUUUCAAUCACGUGACCAAUGCGAGCGCGGUCUCGACCUGUCACGUGACGUGUCGAGCAGCUGAGCGGGCAUUUGAGCGGGCGGGGAAUGCCAAUAUAUGCCAAGGCUUUAUAAAGGGUCCAAAUCACUGCUUACGCUGUGGGUUUUUGAGAGGAGAUUGCUAGCGUCAUUAUCAUUGUUGCCAAUUAAAUAGAGAGAGAGAGAGAGAGAGCUAAUAGAGAUUUAGAUUUAGAUUUAUUUAGUUUAGUUAAACACUGAACACUCAAUAUAUACAACAAACAUACACACAUAGGCGCAUACACAUACACCAUAUUUAUUUAUACAGAUAGGUAUAAAAUAGGAGUAGGAGUAGCAUUGUCAGAUAGAUCAUUUAGUGUGUGAAAGACUUAUAAGUGAGGCAGUAGGUAGUACUACUAUAGUAGUAGUAGGGACAUGGAGCAAGAGCCAGUGCCAAAAAGAGUCCGCUCAUAUGUCUGGGAGCACUUUGAUCUUAUCAGCCCCAGAAAGGUCAAGUGUUUGAUUUGUGCUCAGGAGCUGACUUAUAGCAGCAAUACAUCAUCCAUGCUGCGACAUCUGCGAGCCAAACACCCAGAAACCACACCUAAUACAGCAGCAACUGAUGCAUCUGCUGCUGCUGCGGGUGGAGCUGGAGUUGGAGCCCAACAAGGCCGACAAGCAGAGUUGGAUGAGGCACUGGUGAAUAUGAUUGUGCUGGAUGCACAGCCUUUCAAAGUGGUGGAAGACAAAGGCUUCAGGGCCUUUGUUCAGAAGCUUGACCCCACGUAUGUCCUGCCUUCUCGACAGACUUUAAAAAGUAUGGUGGACAAAAAAUAUGAGGAAGCCAAGAAGAAGUCCAUAAAUGAGUUGGAGAAAGCAGAGGCAGUCAGUGUGACUGCUGACAUGUGGACAUCCAUCACUAUGGAGGCAUAUCUUGGGGUCACUUGCCACUUUAUUAAUGAGAAUAUGGAGCUAGCAAGUGUUUUGCUUGGUGUGGGGCAUUUUACACAGUCCCACACAGCAGAGAACCUGAGGGAUGCUAUGGAGCUGCAGCUGCAGAGGUGGGGUUUGAGACAUAAAGUGCACUGCUUAAUUACAGACAAUGCAAGCAACAUGAUUUUAUGUGCAAAACUUAUGGCCGUGCGAAAUUUGCCAUGCUUUGCACAUAGUUUAAAUCUUGUUGUGAAGAAGGCUCUGGAACAAACUCCUGUUCUCACGGACAUUAGAACAAGAGGGAGAAGAAUCGUAACAUUUUUUAAAAGCAGUGUCAAGGCAAAAGAAAAACUCGCAGAGGUUCAAAAUCACCUCCAAACUCCACCACACAAACUCCUCCAAGAAGUUGAUACGCGGUGGAAUUCUACAUACCUCAUGUUAAAACGACUACACGAACAACGUGAAGCAGUCAGUGCAGCUCUGGCAUCCAUACCAACAGACAUACCCCCCCUUGUAUCACUGGACUAUGACGCUAUAAGCGAAUGUUUAGAAGUGCUUGCACCAUUCUAUUUAGCUACAACGGAGUUGUCAGCGGAGCGAAUUGUAUCAGGAUCCAAAGUUAUACCUAUUAUUAGAAUGGUGCAACACAAGCUGGCAUCUAAGGCUGCAGGAUUAAAAAAUGAAACGGCAGGUCUUCUGUGCCAGAACCUACAGCAGAUUUUGGCAACAAGGUGCAAUGUUGAAACGAUCCGAGUCCUCGCUUUGUCCACCCUCCUGGACCCUCGUUUUAAAACAUUGGCAUUUGGAAGUCAAAGUUAUGCUCAGGAGGCUGUGGCUAAACUGACAGCAGAAUGUGCAACAACAAUACGGGGGGAAAGUGCAGAGCCAUCAACAUCACAGUCAGCAGCAAUGUCAGAGCCCAAUCCUGAGGCAGGAGCUGUGGACAACUUAUGGGAACUGUUGGACAGCAGAGUGGGAGCAACUCAACAGAUCCCAAAUCCAACGGCAAAUGCAACUGUGGAAGUUCAGCGGUACCUGUCUGAGCCGUACCUCUCCAGAGGAGAAGACCCGCUCGCUUACUGGAAGACACGCGCAACGACGUAUCCACUACUUUUCAGUUUGGCCAAAAAAUAUCUCCACAUGCCAGCAACAUCUGUGCCGUGCGAGCGGGUCUUCUCCAAAGCUGGAGAGGUGGCAAGCCGAAGGAGGAGCAGAUUAAAACCACGCACUUUGGAAACCAUUCUUUUUCUUAAUAAAAAUCUUUGAUGUCACAAAUGACAGACGCUCGUCAAUGGAGUAUAAACAAAGUUGCAGAAGCACUCACACAGUAAUGGUAACAUUUCACUAUCACACAUAUUUGACAUAUCAAGGCUACCAGAUAUACAUUUAUCUACUAAGAAACACAAUUACACAUCUUUGACAAAUAAUUUUUAUUUGACAAUAAAACAGGGACUGUCAGAAGUUGAGCCACAACUUAUCUGUGAGGAUUUAAGGCCAGUUUGCUUUGUUGCAGUUCUCGCAAACAACCAGCAGAUGUCUGUCUUUCUAACUGUAUCAAAUGGUUCGAGUAGCGUGUCGAUUUCAACCCAGUUGUGUCAAAGUUGCUCGCUGAUUCACGAGGCUUUGAUUUCG